GUACUGUACGUGCCAGCACGCCGAUGGGCAGCAGGAGGGGUGUGUGAGAGCCAGGCUAGGAUGGACGGCAAGACUGUCAUCAUCACGGGAGCUAACACGGGAAUCGGGAAGGUGACAGCCAGGGACAUGGCCGAGAGAGGUGCCCGCGUCAUUCUGGCCUGCAGAAGUCUGGAGAAAGCGGAGCAGGCCGCUAAAGACAUCCGCAGCCAGACUGGGAACGAGAACGUCAUCGUGCACAAACUUGACCUCGCCUCUCUGACGUCAGUCAGACAGUUUGCAAAGGUCAUCAACGAAGCUGAACCGCGAUUGGACGUGCUGAUCAACAAUGCAGGUGUGAUGGGCUGUCCUAGAUGGGUGACUGAAGACGGGUUUGAGAUGCAGUUCGGAGUGAACCACCUGGGACACUUUCUCCUCACUAACCUCCUCCUGGACAAGCUCAAACAGUCCGCGCCCAGCCGGGUCGUCACCGUCUCAUCUCUGGCACACGUUUUCACGACCGGGCUAGAUUUUGACGACAUCAAAUAUGAGAAGGACUAUGACCCGGCAGAGUCCUAUAAGAGAAGCAAGCUGGCUAAUGUACUGUUCUCCAGGGAACUUGCCAGGAGGUUAAAAGGAACUGGGGUCACCUCCAAUUCCCUCCACCCGGGAGUGAUCUACACAGAAAUACACCGACAGCAGGAGGAACGCUUACGUGAGGCACUCGGUGAACGGCUUUCCAGGGUGGCCAAUAAGAUCAUAGAAGGGUUUGUCGGUAUAAUAGGGAAGACCUGGGAGGAGGGAGCCCAGACCACGAUCUGUUGUGCAGUAGCCGAGGAAUGGGAGAACACAACCGGGCUAUACUUCAGUGACUGUGUGCCAAAAGAGACGUCAGCUGCAGGCAUGGACGACAAGGCAGCAGCCCAACUCUGGGACAUCAGUGAGAAGAUGGUUGGACUCAAGUCUUGA